AUGGCGUCGCCGGCGGCGGGGACUCCGCCGUUCCUGACGAAGACGUACGCCAUGGUGGAGGACCCGACCACGGACGAGACGAUCUCCUGGAACGACACCGGCACGGCGUUCGUGGUGUGGCGCCCCGCCGAGUUCGCCCGCGACCUUCUCCCCAAGCACUUCAAGCACAGCAACUUCUCCUCGUUCGUCCGCCAGCUCAACACCUACGGAUUCAAGAAGGUAGUGGCGGACAGAUGGGAGUUUGCCAACGACGGGUUCCGGAGAGGCGAGAAGCACCUUCUCGGCGGGAUACAGAGGCGGAAGGGGACCGGCCCCGUGGCGGCGGUACCGGUACCGGGCAUACCGACGGGGAUACCGAUACCGAUCUCGUCCCCGCCCACCAGCUCCGGCGGGGAGCCAGCGGUAUCCUCGUCGCCGCCGCGUGGAUCGACGGCAGGAGUUAGCGGCGCGGUGGCCGAGCUGGAGGAGGAGAACGCGCGGCUGCGGCGCGAGAAUGCGAGGCUGGCGCGGGAGCUGGCCCGCGCGCGGCGCCUCUGCGACGGCGUGCGGCACCUCGUGGCGCGGUACGACCAAGGCAGAGGCGGAGAUGAGGAUCUGGCUGACGGCGACGAGGGGCACGGCGGCGGCGGGGAAGGCCCCAGCGGGCCGAAGCCAAUGCUGUUCGGCGUCGCAAUCGGGGCCAAGCGUAUACGCGGUGCGGAUGGGGACGAUGCGGACGACGGCGAAGACGGGACCGCCGUGGAAAAUGGCGAGGAGCACAACAACGAGGAACAAGACGAAGACGAAGACGACGAGAGGCACGCGGUGCGGGAGCGGGGGAUUAAGGCGGCGAGGAGGAACGAGACGUCGGAUCUGGAUGUGCUGACGCUGUCCGUGCGGGCGGCCGCGGCGGCGAGGACGGGCGGAGGGUCACGUGACCGCAAGAGCUAA